CGAGCGUAGCGGUCGGUACUAGCCAGCUUUCACAGAGAUGAAGUGGCUUACCCUCGUUUUGCUCCUUAUCCAGGAGGACUGUCUCUUCUCAUGCAUUUUUGACAAAGUGGAGGCGAUUCGCGGUAAAUCUGCUGGGACCUUUUCGUGCGAUUUGAAUGAGUGCUUUGCUGGAUGCUAUGAGAACAAGAAUUGUACCGCAAUAAGAUUCUACACAAAAGGGAACGUGUGCGCCCUGUAUGGUGUUGGAGACUAUCUACUCGAAUCUAACGAGCAGUAUGUGUGCUACGUUCUUCAACGUGACGAAGUCGAUUCUUCUUGCAAGACAUACGUGAACUUUUAGGAAGACAUUCAACGUUAUUCCAGUUCUAAGGCACUAUGUGGUUAUGAAUGAAAUGUUCUGUGGCA